GGGCGGGGGCGGGGGCGGGGGCGGAAGGCGGGUUGCUAUCUCAGCUUUCCCGGAGUAGUGUCAUCGGCCUCUCCUGUCUCACUAAGACCAGGAAGCACAUCCUCCGCUUCUCUCAAUCUUGAGCUACCCACCAUUUCCAAUCCCGGGUCGGAAUCCCGAGCUCUUUCCUCAAUAUAUGCGCCAAGAACAUGAUGCGCAUAGAUAUGGUGGUUGCACUUUCAUAGAUAGAACUCCGCCGAUAACUAGGUUGCUCAAACAUGAAUGUGGUUGCUUGGGCUGCAUUUUAGUACAGUUUGAUAUGCACCGACGUGUAAGUUUCCUUCUUCCUGGUUUUGGAUUGGAACCGAAGAAGGGUGAAUAAAAUCCAAUGGAAGGAUCGCGAUCGCGAACCCCUUUACUUCCUUCUGAUCUUCCAGAAUCCACCUCCUCUAAUAAUACUGGAAGCGCUCGUGGGCUGUCUGGUAUUCAGGGACUGAAGAAGAGAGGUCAUGGAAGUCGUUCUUGGAUAAAGAUUGAUCUGCAUGGGAAUAUAAGCAUUUUGGAGCUUGACAAAGCUACUAUAAUGAGACAUUGUUCGUUGCCUGGCAGAGAUCUCCGACUUUUGGAUCCUUUGUUCAUUCACCCUUCUACAAUACUAGGAAGGGAGAAAGCUAUUGUUGUUAGUCUUGAACAGAUCAGGUGUAUAAUCACUGCUGACGAUGUUAUCCUGAUGAAUUCCCUGGAUGAAAGUGUUGCUCAGUACAAGUUUGAAUUGUGCAAACGCCUAGAGUCAAACGAAGAUCAAUCUGAUGACUUGCCUUUCGAGUUCAGAGCAUUGGAGCUGGCUUUGGAGCUAACCUGCAUGUCUCUAGAUGCUCAGGCACAGCAACUGCAAAUGGAGAUAUACCCUGUGCUGGAUGAACUAGCAUCAUCGAUAAACACUGUUAAUCUGGAGCGUGUGCGUAGACUCAAAGGUCACCUCCUUGCAUUGACUCAACGAGUUCAGAAGGUCCGUGACGAAAUAGAACAUCUCAUGGAUGAUGACGGUGAUAUGGCUGAGAUGUACCUUACUGAGAAGAAACAACGGUCAGAGGGUUAUCCCUCUAGUGACCUUGGUUUUCAAACUAACACAUCACGCGAGGAAACAAUUGUUUCAAAAUCUGCUCCUGUUUCUCCAGUGGGGUCAUUCAGUGGAACACAUAAAUUGCAAAGGGCUUUUACCAGUUUUGUGAGUUCAAGCAGGCAGGGAAGCUUAUUGAGUUCGUCUAAUGGCGGAGAAAACAUUGAUAAACUGGAAAUGCUGCUUGAAGCAUACUUUGUUGUCAUCGACCAUACUCUCAGCAAGUUGUUAUCGCUGAAAGAAUACAUAGAUGAUACCGAAGACUUGAUUAACAUUAAACUGGGCAAUGUUCAGAACCAACUGAUACAGUAUCAGUUGCUUCUUACAGCGGCUACCUUCUUGGCUACUGCUUUUGCCGCUGUUACAGCAGUGUUUGGAAUGAAUUUUGCCGCCACUGUUUUCGAUCAUCCAUCUACAUUCAAUUGGGUUCUGGUUAUUAGCAGUGUUGCCUGUGGGUUCCUGUACUUCUCUUUUCUGAUGUAUUUUAGGUACAAAAGGAUCUUCCCAUUGUAAGGUAAAAGUAUAUACUUAAAUGAAAUCGACGACUCACAUUCUAGUGGUGAAACUGAGUGUUCUAUCA